UUUAACACUUUAAUGUAUAGAUUAUAGUUUACCAAAAUAGUUCAGUAGUAAUAUGAUGUAAAAGUCCAUAAAAUGUACCUCACGAACACGUAAUGUAACACUGCUUGGAAGAUUUGGUGGUUUGGUUUAUUUUGUUUGUUAAAUUUGUUUUCGCUGUUUGACGCUGUAUAUAUAUGAUAUCCGGGUUAUCGUAUUUCUUAUCUAUAUACUGGUAAGAGGUAGCGUGUACAUGCUAAGUUGUAUUCAAGUAUUUUAAAUUGUAAGUAAUUUAAUUUUGUCAAGAACAUAGAUUAAACAUUAUAAUGUCUCGAUCAUUAAAUGACUCUCGUAAAGUUGAAAUCUACGUUGAAGUCCAACAGAAGAUCUCCAGCGUGGCAAGCACGGAGCAGAUUAUUCAAGCAACGGAACAAUGUUUUGAAAACUUAGACCACAAAGUUACGGAAAAUUGUUUGGAAGACUUUUGUACCGCCAUCAAGAAAGAAGGAAAUUUCCUAAAACACGUUGAUAAUUUUAAAUUCUUGGAUUCUGCCGGGAAUGAAUAUACGGAUGUUAUAACGAAUAUGUCGAACAUAAAAAUGAAGUUCUACGUUUAUCGACUUUAUGAAGAUUUUCCUGAAGAUGAGAUGGUGCAGCAUGAAGAGGAGGAGCUCUCUGCUGCCACACACUGGAUGCUUCCGUCUAAAGGUUUCGAGAAUUUGUGGGAAUCUUUAAUUUAUGACUCCAAUAUAAAAGAAGGAUUGUUGAACUACACUCAGAGCGGUUUAUACUUUGCUGACUGUGGCGUAGACGAUAAACUUAUAACAUGGAAUCGAGUUGUACUUCUACAUGGACCUCCAGGCACUGGGAAGACAUCGUUGUGCCGAGCUCUUGCUCAUAAACUUGCAAUUCGUUUAUCUGAUAGGUUCAAAGAAUCAUCUUUACUUGAAGUGAACAGCCAUAGCUUAUUCUCCAAGUGGUUUUCGGAAAGUGGGAAAUUGGUCAUGAAGAUGUUUCAAAAAGUUGAAGGAUUAGCGAGCGAUCCACAUCACUUUGUUUGUCUCCUCAUUGAUGAGGUGGAAAGUUUAACAGCAGCUCGCUCGUCUGCAUCCGCGGGAACCGAACCUUCAGAUGCAAUACGAGUUGUCAACGCUGUUCUAACUCAACUCGACCGCUUGAAACGAUACAACAAUGUUUUAAUCCUCACAACUUCUAAUGUAACUGGGAAGAUUGACUGUGCAUUUGUUGACCGAGCUGAUAUCAGGUUCUUUAUCGGUUUCCCAUCAGCAGAGGCGGUUUAUUCGAUUCUACGAACUUGCAUUCUUGAGCUUUGCCGCGCACGUGUCAUGAAAAUGCCGCAAGAAAUCCUCGCUUUCACCCCGUCCGGUAUACAUGAUAUGGAGGAACAGGAUUUAGUAGCGAGCCAAAAGUUGUGGGAAAUCUCACAGGAGUGUGCUGGUAUGAGUGGAAGGGCUUUACGCAAACUUCCCUUCCUCGCCCACGCACAAUCCAUUCAAUCAAACCAACCCACAACCCUCAAUAAAUAUUUCCUCGCGCUUUCAAACGCAGUGAAGAUAAUGCAGAAGGAAGUCAGCCAGUUAUCACAAACUUAAAAACUAGGUUUUCAUAAUCAUCUACAUUAGAACAUGUAUUUCUUUAUAUCAUAAUAAUUAAUAACACUGCCUUAUUUCAUAAGCUGAUUCUUCCCUAAAUUUAUAUUACUACCAAGAAUGAAGAAACUGUUGUCAGAAACUUUUAAUUUCCUUUAAGUUGAUGUUAACUUUUUUAUACUAUUUUGUUUAUUUCAAAUUAAAUUAAAAAUCAAGUUGAAACUUUAACAUUAUACACAGUAAUAACUUGCCAUAAAUUAAUAUCCACUAACAAAUGUGCUGCACAAAUAAAUAUAUUCAAUCAUAUAUUUCAAGAGUUCAUUUCGCUUUGGUUUUCGUUGUUUGUUCUAAAGUUUUUUUACUGUUUUUUA